AAAAUGAAGGGAGUUCGAGGCUAAUUGUAAGAGAUGUGUUGAAUUGUCCGAAUUUGAGACCCCUGUAAAGAUCGCUUACAUUUGUAACGUAGCGGCACAUUUUGAUGACAUUGAUGUUUUGUGGUUGAGAAGCUGAACGCAAAGAUUGACAAAGCUGAGGUGGAGAUGGUGGUCGUAGCACAUUACUCACAAUUGGACGCCUACGCCCAAACACAAAAUCUACAGCUGCUUCACUUAUUUUGUCUUUGCUCUACGAAGCUUGAGAGGUGGAUGUGAGAUUAGAAAGGAAAUGGCUGUGUUUGACACCCCAUACCAGCGGCUGGAGCCUUCCUACACUGAUUCACCUCUGGGGGAAGAUGAUCUGCUGGUACAUGUGCCUGAGGGCAGGAAGUCCCCGUGGCAUCAUAUCGAGAACCUGGAUCUCUUCUUCUCUCGGGUGUACAAUCUACAUCAGAAGAAUGGCUUUACCUGCAUGCUGAUUGGGGAACUUUUCGAGUUACUGCAGUUCAUCUUUGUGGUCAGUUUCACCACAUUUCUAGUAAGUUGUGUGGAUUAUGAUAUCCUUUUCGCCAACAAGAUGGUCAACCACAGUCAUACUGACAAUGUCAAAGUUACUUUGCCCGAUGCCUUUCUUCCGCCCACUGUUUGCCAAGCCAGAAUACAAGAAAAUGGUUUCCUUAUGAGUCUCCUGGUCAUUGCUAGUGUUUUUUGGAUUCACAGACUGGUAAAAUUUAUUUACAAUAUCUGCUGUAACUGGGAGAUUCACAACUUCUACAUACAAGCUCUGCGCAUUCCCAUGUGUGAACUUCCUUAUUACACCUGGGAAGAGGUUCAGAGUCGCAUUGUGCAAAUCCAGAAAGAACAUCAGAUUUGUAUCCACAAGAAGGAGUUGUCCGAGCUGGAUGUGUCUCACAGAAUCCUGCGUUUCAAGAAUUAUAUGGUGGCCAUGAUUAAUAAGAACCUGCUCCCACUACAGCAUCGCGCACCUCUGCUGGGAGAUACAGUCUUCUACACCCGUGGACUGAAGUACAACUUCCAGCUUAUCUUUUUCUGGGGGCCUGGCUGUCUCUUUCAGAAUGAGUGGAGCCUUAAACCCGAAUAUAAGCGAGCAGGAGCACGUCUUGAACUGGCAGAAAAGCUUUCCCAACGUAUCUUGUGGAUUGGACUUGCAAACUUAGUUCUCUGCCCCCUGGUACUUGUCUGGCAGAUACUUUACGCUUUCUUCUGCUACACAGAAGUGCUGCGGCGGGAACCUGGCAGUUUAGGGGCACGUUGCUGGUCUUUGUAUGGUCGCUGCUACCUCCGACAUUUCAAUGAGCUGGAUCAUCAGUUACAAGCAAGGUUGAGCCGAGCGUACAAGCCAGCCAGCAAGUACAUGAACUGCUUCUUAUCCCCCCUUUUGGCUGUGGCUGCCAAACACUUGGGUUUCCUGGCAGGCUCCAUAUUGGCAGUGCUGAUAGCACUCACUGUCUAUGAUGAAGACGUCCUUGCUGUGGAACACGUGCUGAGUGCUGUUACUCUACUUGGUGUUGUCGUAACUGUCUGCAGGUCUUUCAUUCCAGACCAGCAUCUGGUGUUUUGUCCAGAGCAGCUUCUGCGGGUGAUUCUAGCUCAUAUCCAUUACAUGCCUGACCACUGGCAGCGCAGUGCACACCGCUCAGAGACCCGUGGAGAAUUUGCUCAGCUUUUCCAAUACAAGGCAGUAUUUAUACUAGAAGAGUUGCUCAGCCCUCUCUUGACACCUUUGGUGCUAAUUUUUCGGCUUCGCCCCAAGGCGCUAGAGAUCAUCGAUUUUUUCCGAAACUUCACAGUGGAGGUGGUGGGAGUCGGAGACACCUGUUCAUUUGCACAGAUGGACGUCCGUCAGCACGGUAAUCCUACGUGGAUGUCUGCAGGCAAGACUGAGGCAUCCGUAUACCAGCAGGCAGAAGAUGGAAAGACUGAGCUUUCCCUCAUGCAUUUCGCAAUCACAAACCCGCGAUGGCAGCCCCCCCGUGAGUGCUCCACUUUCCUGAGUCAUCUAAGGGAACAAGUGCUAAGAGACAGCACAGUAGCAACUCCCAAAAAUCCCACCGGACCUGCACAUCCCCUGCAUUACUCUCAUUUAUCGACUCAAAUUGACUCUGAGCCGCACAGUCUUAUGGUGAACAUGGUUUCUGGUAUGUCUACUGGAGGGCACCUGUCUCAUGCCGAUGUGCCAUUCUCCCCGCACGUCUCAGCUGUGUCGGAAGUGGCUACUGCCUUGCGCUCUUUGUCACCUCAACAGUCAUGUCACCCAGUACAAAACCAGAGUGGAACAGGCGCUGACUUCAGGAAUGCCAGUUUUGGGAGCAGCGUGUGGGAAGGACCCAUGAACAGUGGCACUUUGUCUGAAUAUGCAUCCACCGAGAUGAGUCUCCACGCACUUUACAUGCACGAACUGCAUCAGCAACACACACGUAUGGCACCAGGUCGUCACAUUUGGCACCGCCAGGAGAGUGAUGAGAGUGGUGAGAGCAUGCAUGGUGAUACCCUUGUACACACUACAUCUAAUGUACCAUCCUCUGCCAGCUGUCCGUCACCUGCAGCACUUUUUCAGGAAGAGAGGUUGCCAUCACUGGGCACACACAGAAUUAGUGCCAGCACAGAUAUGGGAUCCAUGUCAAGACCAACAUCUAGUUUAGCAAGACAGCCAAUGGGAGGGUGGAGUGAAGAAGGACAAUCAAGCAGACACCCGGAAUCUGUACCAGAGGAGGGAUCUGACGAUGAAUUGCCACCGCAGGUCCAGAAGUUGUAGACAUCAAGAAGUCCUCCGAAGAGGAUGUCUGUCGACAUUUCCCCACAUCGUCUUCAUUGCUUUAUUUCUUGUUGAUCAGGAGAGAAAGUAGGAACUUUUUGUUCAUUGUGUAUUCGUGUGCCAGGAUGAGUGACUAUGCUGCUUGAUUCCACGUGAUUGGUUUGUAUGCAUAUUGUGGAUCUUUUUAAAGGGACGCUUUAGACUGGCUUUGACCCAUUCUGUGUUUUAACAAAUUAUAUAGAUAGUAUGCAUAAAAAUAUGCAAAAGAGAAACAAUGUAAAAAAAUAAAUCAUAAAAAUGCAUUAAAUGAAUAACUUCAGUCAUUGUUGUUCCUGUAAUGAGGUCUGCUAAUACACCGAAAUGCCAGUCAUGCACACUAUAAUGUCCUAUAGAACUGCUGAUCUCAUCCCAUAAACAGUUCUUUUAUGAGAGCAAUGUAUCCUGGGAGUUUUAGUUCAUUUGUCCGCUAUCUAUUAAACUACCAGUUCAGCUACAAUUUUAGAAAUACAUCAUGACCUCAUGUACAGCAGUAUUUUUGCCAAACUAGCUGAGCUGGAAAACGUCUCCAAGUCAGCAAUGUUUUUUGUUUUGGCUAUUUUAGCCUAAAAGUUUAAAUUCACUUUGAUCUAUCAGCAUUUCACCAUAUAGAGGAAAAACCCUGUGUGGAAAAGAGGAAAUUGUUUUCAGUAAUUAGCAAAUCUAAUUAUUGGGGGGUAAAAACCUAAUGAAUAUUAAUUUAAAACCUCAUCUAGCAUAAUCAAACCUACACAUUAUCCGGAAUAUGUUGUGGGUGCCUGGAGUGCCCCUUUGAGUACUAGAACAGAAAGCACUGACGUGGCAGAAAUAUUGUACAGAUGUCUUUGCUGCUUAUCCAUUGUGUACAUUACUUCUGUAAAUGUUAUCUAUUCUAAUUCAGCACUGAAAAUCUAUUUCUCCAUAUACAUUACACAGAAUGCAAGACAUUUUAGUGUGUUUGCUUGUUGGAGGCCGCAAAUGAGUGUUUUAAUAAUCUUUUUGCAUGAUAGGAGUGCGGUGCUUAUAUGGACAUAGUAUGUAGCAGAGGAUUGUUGGAAUUGUAGUCAAAGGUUCUAUACCCACAGGAAGUCUACUCCUAACCCAGACACUGUGGGCCUGUAUGCUUGUGUGAGGCUGUUUUCCUGCGUACCUCCAUAACACUGAUAUGUUUAAAAGGCACAAACAUUCUGCAAUGUUUUGUAUAGAAAUUGUAUAUUGCAUAUUUUGUACCAUUGUAAAAAAAAAUCUAAAUAAAGAUUAACUAUAUGUACGGUC